CCGUGGUCGCCGAAGAUUAAGCUGGGUAAUGGGAACUCCUAUACUGUUGAUUUUGCGGGAGACGCUGUUGGUGUUGCGGAUGUUUCUCCGAUAUUUUCUGGCCUCUCUUUUCCAAAUUCUGAACUAUCCUCUUCAAUAUCUCCUGUUGGUGUUUUCGCAGGUUCUUCCGUCCCAUCACCUCCUGUCCCUGUUGUUUCCGAACCUAUUUUCUAUGAUUCUGCUUCACGUCCAAGCACAUAUUUAUCACCUUCUUCGUUGCACUCUGCAGUUGACGUUAAUCUUUUCUCCGCUAAUGACGCUGAAUUUGUUUUGUCAGAUAUGCACCUUGUUGAUUUUUCUGCGCCCUCUCCUAGUUCUGUUGUCGCGGAAUCGAUUGUUUCGCAGAGGAUUGGUGAUUCCGUUAGGCCUGACAAAUCUCUUUCUGAUUCUCCCACAACGGCUAUUUCUGAGGCAUUCGCCGAUGUCGUUACACUUGCUUCCUCGGAACCUGUUACUUUCCCUAAUGCUUCCUUUAAUUUAAAUCUGCCAGAUUCACAGUGCCUUAACAAUUUUGUUACUACUGAUAUUGCUGAUAAUGGGCCCGAUUUAGCUGCCACCCCAAUGGGUAGUUCUCCUCUGAAAAACGCUCGUGAUGCCCUUUUUGUUCCUGCAUAUUCGCCAAACCUAUCUGUCUCUCAGGAGCUGAAAUUCCAACCUCCCGAGGAACCUAUCAACCGACAAGAGAAGUCUUGGGGUCUUCGUCUGCACGGUCAUCCUAAACCGGCGCGCACUCUUGAUCAGUUAUAUAAGCAUGGACACGGUGAUACAUCUCCCACCAGAGUUGAGAUCCAGGCGGCAACAAAACCAUGCGAAGACGAACUUUUUGACCCGUCAUUCGGUCACAUUCAUCCACUGGAUUUCUCAAUCACAGAUGGUGAUGCUUCUGAAAUGGAGUCCUCCUACAACAAACAAGCUAAAGUUGACCGUGGUCGGUCGAACUUCAGCCUUCCUAGAGUGUUUGGUUCCCUUGUUAGACGAAAACACAGAUCACCUGCUGAUGUUGUGCCUACAGUUGGUCAAAAUGCAGAUCAGCUUGCCCCUGUUAGUGGUGCCCAUCCAGAUGAAAGCGUGGAAGCGAAGAAGAAAAGAAGACCCAAGAAAUCUAGAUCAGGUCCAAAACGAAAAACAAAAAGAUCAACGAAAGAUGCUACUAUACCUCCUGAAAUCGAUAAGCCUAACGAAGUGCCUUUGACUCCAAGGACUCCAUUGGGGAAGCCAAAAGACCUGUAUUCGAGACAAACUUGGCAUGGGGAUGACGAAUUUAGAAGACUUUCUCGAGAUGAAAUAUACAAUCUUGAGUUUGGUGAACCACCACAAGUGCCACCCACGCCUACAGGUUUCAGAAUAACACCUGUGCUCAGGGAUCCUGGAAAUAUUAUGGAUGUGCGUCGAAGAAGCACAACCGAUUCGGCCAAACGCCGUCCAUGGAGCACGGUCGGAUUACCUCCCCCGGGCUGCAAGUUCGUAAACGACGAUUACCUCUUCCCAGAUGCUCUUACUCCCACAAAAAUACCAAGCUUUCGCGGAAGCAGAGAAGUUGUAUAUAAUGUUCCAUACAUGGACGAUCAGGCCUUACCCCUAGAAGAACCCGAGUGGCCAAUAGGAGAGUCGAGACGAACGCUUCUCUCACAGCUGUCUCAGACAAGUGAGGGUAUGGUUCAUAUUGCCGCGGAAGAAGAAAGCAGCAUAAUCUCCUUGGACGACAAGGAGAACAGGUUCAAAGACACUUCGGAAAAGCCUUCUCGGGUGAGCCUUCUGUUCGCGCGAAAAUCCCGGUCAAAAAGUAAGAAGGCAGACGCAUCUGAACCUCACGAACAGUCAGCGUCACACAGUAGACACUCGGCGAAAUUGGCUCUAAAGUUGAACAGAGCAGCCCAAAGCGGGCGGUGACAAACGUUUGCUGCUUCAUUUUACUAUCAACCGUAUCCAGACUUGUCGUCGGUGCCGCAAAAUCUCACAGUUUCAGUGAGUGUCCUUACACCAGUCCUACGCGGGAGACCUCAGCAACCCAAUAGCCUCGCAAACGGACAACCGGCAUGCAGUUUAACAUCCUUCUCACUUCCCUAAAUGUUCCCGCACCCCUCAAAAAACGACCACCCAUGCCUUCUACAAGCUUCAGACUGCCAUCGAACUUGAUUCAAACCGGGCUGUAAAUAUAGAUCUUUUCAAACAUUUUCUAUCGCAGAGGAACAGUCUUUUCGAUUUCCGUCCACACUCCUCGCUAGACUUCAGAGGCAACAAGCAAGCAGUCUGUAGUUUCUCAAGCAGCCCACGAUAAUGAAACGCAUUAGACAGCUUGCAGUACUGAUCCCUGUAUGUCCCUAUUUUCCUUCAACCCAGAGAAAGUCGCAACCACUGAGCGCAUCGGAAUGGGUUGUAAGUAAGCUCCCGGAACACCUGCGCGUUAAUUUCGCCUCCUACGAUGCAGGUACCCUCAACCGAAAUUUCGUACUGGGAAAUUACUUGAUGUAGACAAAAUUGCGUCUCACUCCCGCUUUCCGUGUACUUAAUAGUCUGACAACACUUCAAGACCCGAAAUCCAAGCAAACACCUACCAUCGUGUCCGAUUUCACAAGAUAAACAACUGGGCUAAUUUAUCCACAAUCUAGUGGACAAAAUAUCUGGCCUUUUUCUAUCCUUGUGUUUUAUCUUCCGUCCCUCCGCUCCAAUUCACCGUAAAAAAGCUCACCUGACCACAUCUGGUUGAUUGUUUUCUACACAACAUCAAAUUCCCAGUCUAACAGCCGAACAACGAGCACACCCAUGUAAAUUUCACUCUUUUUUGAUUGGCUUAUAAUGCUACUGCUUAUUGAAAAUACGAACACCCGACAUUGAUUCACUCGAGGCUUUGUAAUAUCCCUUCUUCAAGGUAAUGUAAUCUUCUGUUUUGUGCACUAUUUGUUCACUUUAUUAGUUUGAUUUGGUGAAGUAUUUUUGCGACUGCAUGAACUUAUUUUUCACGUCUCUUUGGACGUAAACGCGCCUCCCGUUUCAUACACAAAUGAGCAACCAGAUUGGGCUUCGUAGUCGCACACACAUACAGAGAGAAUCAAGCAUCCCACUUCCGUAACCACUUACUGAUACAGCCCGCUUUUUGAUGAAAUUUUCUGAUUGUUCUGGCGGAACUUUAGCAAGCAAAUUUACUAUAGGGCACGCCAAUAUCGAUAAACCUUGUCCUGGAUGUAAUUAUUCGUCUAUUGUGACCAAAUAAUUACUGCCGAUUCUGAAUGAAAU